AUGUUGUGGAAUUUAUAUGCAAUCGGUUACAUUAUAAAUGCCGGAGCUUGCACAACUCUCAUCUCAGCAUUGAUGGGUGGGAUACUUCCACAGGUGAGUCACCUUAUGAAGACAUUGGGUACAUUAUCUGGCUACCUUUUUGAAUGCAACUACAUGCCGUUAUCUGAUUCUGAACACGACAACUGUUUAAUGACUCCUGACUCGGUUCUCGAACCGGCUGGUUUGAACCAGACUUCAUCUGGUUCAGGAGGAUAUGGUGGUAUGGAUUGUAGAACCACUCUUGCUUGCACUGCAACUACUGAGAUAAUUAGAAAGAAGAGAAGUGGUUGUUCAGCUUUUCGACCACCGUGUCGGCCAGCAUGCUCGUCGGGUACUGAGAAGCCAUUAUGGAAGAACAAUGGACGUUCUCCUUUAGGUUGGCUCACCUUCUAUAACAAGACAGAGAUUUUGGACAGACGAUGGCACAUUCUUGGCCUUGGUCAUAACUCAGGCGUUGAUCGAAAUGAGAUUGAGCAAGCUGUCGUUAUACACUAUGAUGGUAUUAGGAAGCCAUGGUUAGAUAUUGCAAUGGGCAGAUAUAAAAGUUAUUGGACCAAAUUUUUGAAUUUCGACCACCCUUUUCUGCAACAGUGCAAUCUUCAGGCAUAG